CUAUCUCUAAAAAAAUAUUUUUAUUUCUUUUUUAUGCAUCUCAUAAAAAAUUUAGAGAAAUGAGUUCAUUAAAAAUUUUUAGAGGGCUCAAAACCCUCCAAAAAUGGCUUUCCUCAGAAGCAGUCGUUCUCAGAGUUUGUCAUCCGCCGUUCAAAAGCUCCGAUCCCAUUCCGCUCCUUCCAAUGUCGGCCGGAUUUCGCGUCUUCCCGAAAUUCAUCGGAGAUCGAUUUCAUUUUCCAGUCUCUUCCGCACCAAAAUUGAUUCUGAUUCGGACAAGGUUGACGUUGUCGCCGAGGAGCAGAAGAAUAAGAAACCGCUGGAUAUUUUCUACAGAGAAGCCGUCGGGAUUGCUCAAGAUCUUAGCCAUGGCGGAGACGCGGAGGUGAGCCAUCACGCGAGGUGUGAAUUGACAGAUCUGGAAGAAGAGGUCAGAGCUUUGCAAGAGAAGCGAGAUAUUGCGAUGCAGGAAAAGAUUGAGAGAAGAAAAAUGGAAAUACACAAGGUGUCUAAGAAGGAUGAUGAUUCUGGAAACCAAUCUAAGGUUUAUAAUCUGCACAAACUGUUUGUAAAUGUGCCAUCGAAAAGCUCAAAGGCACCGGCGGUUAAGAAUCCGGUGGUCGGGAAGAAACUAUCGCCAGAGAUGGCCGAGCUUGUGACUCACUUGUAUGAGGAAGGGUACUUCAAAGAUGCAAACUUUGUUAAUCACAAGGAGCUUGACAUUACUUGCUUUGAGCAGAGCUAUGCUUGGGAAUACAUCAAGCAUGCCGUUAGAAAAUUUGCAGAGGAUAAACAAGAAAUUGCCAAGUGGCUUUCUGCUGAAGACUUGAAGAAGGUGGCCCUCUUUGGCUGCCCUUCUGUUGUGAAGAAGGAUGUGUAUUCUGCUAAAUUGUUGCGUAGGUUCUUCAAGAUCCAGGAAGACACAGUGUGUGGAAAAUGUGCUUUGAGAGACUCAUGUAAGUUUGAGAACAAGACCAUGUGGAGAGGCAAUGAAGCCAAACAGCUUUAUCUGCAUCAUGUUACGAGGAUCAUCGCGCUCUAUGCCUCGGAACCAGUGCCUCGAGAGCUUGUUCUUACGCCAGAAGUUAAGGAAUCAGUUAACCGGUUGCUCCGGGAGGUUGUCAACCUUAGCAAGACUUGUUGUGCCAAACGUGACUCGGACGACGUUGGCAUUCCAACCACUCCCAACUAUGUUUGGCAUUAGCUUCACCGUUUUGAAAAUGUCAUCUAACAGUAACUUUUGGGUUCAGUUUUUUCAAAAUUGAUGUGCAUUUUAUUAACAUAUUAUCCAAAAUGUGCGGGUUCCCGUCGACUACCCAUGUGGGGACGACCGUGGCACCUACAAGGAAGAUUGCGGGGGGAGGCGAGCAGAGCUACAAAGAUGGUGGCGGAUCGGGGUGAUAUCCGUCGGCGCGUUCCUGGUCCACUUUGCGGUCCCCGUUCCCCCCUAAGACUUGGGUUCCUGGUUCUGGUUAGAGUUGGGCUUCCUCUCCGAAGGGGACUCACCGUUG